AUGGCCAACAUUCUGAGCCGCUUUCGGUCGCUUUCCAUCACGCUGACGGAUGAUCGCUUAAGGUUGAUGGCGGAAAUUCUGCCUGCGAUGAAGGUGAUCAAGAUGUACGUAUGGGAACGCUCCUUUUCACAGCUGGUGCACGUCGCCCGCAAGCUGGAGAUCACCAAGAUCCGCCACUCGAUGUUCCUGCGAGCGAUCAAUCUCGCCCUCUACUUCGUCGCUCCGAAGAUCAUGUUCUUUAUCUGCAUCUUCAUUUACCUGAUCAUAAACAAAAACAACGACAGAGAACGCCUCGAUGCAGAGAAGGUCUUCGUGACGAUGGCCCUGGUGGCUCAGAUUCGUGAGGUCAUCACCUACCUCUUUCCCAUUGGCGUCUCCUGGGCGGUGGAGUCGUACAUUUCAGUGAAACGCAUUGAGGAAUUUCUCCUUGAAGAGGAGGUGAAGGACUACCAACAGGCACUGCCUGCACUACCGACUAGUCAAGUGGAUGAAGAAGAUCCCCAGAUCACCCUAAAAAAUGUUUCCGUCACCUCUGACGACGGCAGCAUCAGCAUCCUGAAGAACAUCACCUUCAGCGUUGACCCCGGCAGGCUGACGGUGAUCAUCGGCCAAGUGGGCAGCGGAAAAUCGUCCAUUCUCUUGUCUAUUCUCGGAGAACUUCCGGUGAAGGGGGGAGGCACCGUUCAAGUGGGUGGAAAGCUAAUCUACGCCAGUCAGGAGGCGUGGAUUUUUGCCGGGACCGUCCGCGAGAACAUCCUCUUUGGACGGCCCUUUGAGGAGGUUCGCUAUCGGGAGGUGGUUCAGGUGGCCGCCCUGACCAAGGAUUAUCAACAGUUUGAAGAUGGAGAUCAGACGGUAGUGGACGAUCGGGGAACAUCCCUUUCCGGUGGACAACGGGCGCGAAUCAGCCUUGCAAGAGCGUUGUACACCGACGCCGACUGUUACCUCCUUGAUGACCCGCUAUCAGCGGUCGAUGCCGCCGUAGCGAAGCACAUCUUUGAGCGCUGCAUCAAGGGCUUCCUCUCGAAGAAGGUGGUGAUUCUGGUCACCCAUCAGCUGCAGUUUAUCAAGCAGGCGGAGCAGAUUGUGGUGCUAAAAGAUGGAGCUACUUUAGCUGUCGGCUCUUAUACCGAUCUUCUAGCUCAAGGAAUCGACGUUUUCAAACAUGCAGCAAAUGAGGUGGAGCUAAAGGCAGCGGCGGAAGCACCUUCCCUUCCACUUCUUGAACCCACCUCGCCUAUUACCACCCCAGCGUCUGCGCUGCUCCGUUUCCGAGCCGACUCUAUCAUGUCAGAGGUGUUUCGCAGUAGCCGCGCGAGCUCUUUCAUCGAUCAGGGCACUGAAAUCGGAACCGGAAGCGACCACGACAGCGUCUCCCUCGCUCAGUACGACGCCACCAGUAUACUCGACUACAUGGGAAGCCCCGCUCAGCGGACCACUUCCGUUUCCGCAGUGAUUCCAGACGGAAUCGGCGCGGCGGAUGCAGCCGCCAAAAAGCGCUACAACAUGGAGGCGGGAGAUGCAGGUGGCGGCGGUGGAGGAGGCAGCAACAAACUAAAAAUCUACUACGUCUACUUCCGGGCCGGUGCCGGCCUGUUGAUGUUCCUCACCUUCUUCAGCUCGAACCUGCUCACGCAGGUGCUCUUCACCGGCUCCGACUACUGGCUCUCCGCGUGGACUGACUACCUGGAGCAGCGGCACAUUGCAGAGGCAAACAACCAGCCGGCAGAUUUCGUCCCGCAGAAUCCGCUCAUCUCCCAGGACGACGAUCAAAACUACAUGAUCUACAGUGUACAACUCCAUGACCGCAUCUUUCGGUCGCUAAUUCAGGCGCCCAUUCUCUUUUUUGACCGGACGCCGGUGGGCGUGCUGAUGAACCGCGUCUCCCGAGAUCUGGGCAUCAUCGACGACCUCCUGCCGCCGACGGCCUUUGAGGCGCUGGAGAUUCUCGGCAACUGCCUGGGCGUGUUCAUUCUCUGCAGUGCCAUGAACUACUACGUGAUCAUUCCCUUCAUCCUCGUCAUUGUGAUGGUCUACGGGGCGAGUAAGCUGUACGUGAACACCGCCCGAAAGCUGAAGCGCCUGGAGGGCGUCGCCCGAAGUCCGAUGUUCAGUCAGCUGGCGAGCAGUCUCACAGGGCUGCCGACGAUUCGAUCUUAUGGCGUGGAGAAACUGUUUAUCAGUCGCUUCGCCGACACGCAGGACCUUCACUCGGCGACCUUCUUCACCUUCAUCAGCUGCAGCCGCAUUUACGGCAUCUUUUUGGACGUAGUCUGCGCCCUGUACAUUUAUUGUCUCCUUUUGGUUAUCGGCCUGCAGAUGGACGUCUUUACCGGCUCGGUGAUCGGCCUCACCAUUUCGCAGUCCAUUUCGCUUUGUGCUGCGCUCAAUUGGGGAAUUCGUCAGUACACCGAGGUGGAGACGUACAUGACCUCGGUGGAGCGAGUGGCCGAGUUUGGCCGCCUCGAGAAGGAAGAUCUGGAGGCGAAGAAGAUUGAGCCCGAGCCGAACUGGCCGCCCAAGGGCGACCUCGAGUACGAGAACGUGUCGCUCAUUUACCCGCCGCCGAAGAUGGCACCCGAUCAGGCGCCCGAGCCGCCGAAGGCCGUUCUUCAGGAGCUUUCCUUCAAGGUGAAGGGCGGAGAGAAGGUGGGAAUAGUCGGGCGAACUGGAGCCGGAAAAUCCUCCCUCAUCACCACCCUCUUCCGCCUCACGCAACCACUGGGCGCCAUCCGCAUCGACGGCAUCGACACGGCCGACAUCAGCCUCUCCCGGCUGCGAAAGUCCCUCUCCAUCAUUCCCCAGGAGCCGAUUCUCUUCAGUGGAACCAUCCGCCGGAACCUCGACCCUUUCGGCGAGGCCACCGACGAGCAGCUCUGGGACGCCAUUGAGAAGGUGCAGCUGCGGGCGAAGAUCACCUCCUUCCCGGCGAAGCUCGACACGGAGAUCUCCGACUCGGGGGCGGACUUCAGUACCGGCCAGAAGCAGCUCAUCUGCAUGUGUCGGGCGAUACUGAGGCAAUCGCCGAUUCUGGUGCUCGAUGAAGCAACCGCCAACGUGGACAUGAAGACGGACGCCCUGAUCCAGUCAACCAUUCGAACGGAGUUUGCCCGCCAGACGGUGCUCACCAUCGCCCACCGCCUCGACACCAUCAUCGACUACGAUCGAGUUCUGGUGCUGGACGCCGGCCGCCUCUCCCAAUUUGACGCGCCCUUUGCGCUGAUCGAGGCAAAGGAGGGCAUCUUCUACGAGCUGUACAGCAACCUGGGCGCGGAUGCGAGGGUUGAGCUGCGACAGCUGGCGAAGAAGGCCGCUCAGGCGAAGCGGUUGAAGGAGGAGAUGUUGGGUGUGAAUGUUUAA